CCUUCGCUACAAACGCAUGCGUGUUGGUAACGUCUGUGUUGAAGAAGAGUAGAGAGGUGUAGCCUGUUUUCAUAUCAUAUGAACACUAUUUACAAGAUCCUUAGCCGAGAGACACUUGGGAACUGUAAGCAAGUCUGGAGUUUGUGCCCUAGGUUUUCAAGUGAUAAAGUGCUGACAGCUGAGAGAACCUGGAAACUGAUGGAGACUACUGAUUCUCAGCCGCUGGUCACUGACCAACCCGGCGCUGACUGGGACAAAAGUGAACAAGAAAAAAAAUACUUGAACCGAACAUUCCAAGGAGAAGCGUCACAAGCAGUAACCUCCAUGUAUGGUCGACUAGUCACCCAAGAUCAACUAGUGGCGAUGGGAACAGGCACUGAAGCUCCCACAGAAGAGCAUGUAACACCGCUGCUUUCUGAAAUUCCAAAUAAAAGUCGUGAUCCCAGCGCCACUCCCCUACAUAAACUCAGUGUUGACCUUAUAAAGACAUAUAAACAUAUCAAUGAAGUAUAUUAUGCAAAGAAGAAACGUAGAGCCCAACAUGGUCAAGGCGAGGAUGCUAGUACCAAGAAGGAAAAAAUGGUUUAUAACGAUGGAUUUGAUGACGAGAACCAUGACUAUAUUGUUAAGAAUGGGGAAAAAUUUGUAGAUCGGUACGAAAUUGAUUCAUUAAUUGGAAAAGGAUCUUUUGGUCAGGUUGUAAAAGCUUAUGAUUCCGAAGGUCACUGUUUCGUUGCCAUAAAAAUAAUCAAAAACAAAAAGCCUUUUCUGAAUCAAGCUCUCAUCGAAGUCAAACUCCUAGGACUGAUGAACAGUUACGAAGGGAAAAAGGGUAUCUGUCCGAUGGGAAAAGAUAAAAUCGUUAACCUGAAAGGUCACUUUUUGUGGCGGAACCACCUGUGUCUAGUUUUUGAGCUGCUUUCCUACAAUCUGUACGACCUUCUCAGAAAUACAAACUUCCGUGGAGUUUCUUUGAACCUGACCAGAAAAUUUGCUCAACAGAUGUGCAUGGCUUUGGCCUUCUUAUCUUCUCCUGACCUAUGUGUCAUACACUGUGACCUCAAGCCAGAGAACAUUCUUCUUUGUAAUCCCAAACGUAGUGCAAUUAAAAUUGUUGAUUUUGGCAGCUCUUGCCAACUGGGCCAUAGGAUCUACCAAUAUAUUCAAAGCAGAUUUUACCGAUCUCCAGAAGUUCUGUUGGGGAUGCCUUAUGAUAUGGCCAUUGACGUCUGGAGUCUUGGUUGUAUUCUCGUCGAAAUGCACACAGGGGAGCCUUUAUUCAGUGGUGCAAAUGAAGUAGACCAGAUGUACAAGAUUAUCGAAGUCCUUGGAAUGCCACCCAAACAUCUUCUCGACCAAGCACCAAAAUCUCGCAAGUUCUUUGAUAAACAUCCGGAUGGCAACUAUUUUAUAAAACCUUCAAAAGAUGGGAAAAAGGUUAGGAUAGUAAAAUUCCUUAUGCAAUACUCUCCUUAA